AGAACCAAAGAUGUCAAGCUAUUUAAUGGUAGAACAAUCACUUUAAUACCAAAGGUCAAUGUUGCUCCAGAAGAAGAUACUACAUCUUCUUCGACUUCAAUCAUCGAUAUGAACAAACUUUUCAGUAGAGCCGAGUUGAAAUUAAAAGUGAGAGAAAAUGAACGGAAAAUACGACUAGAAUCUGCAAAUACUACGAAAGAAAUAAGUGGAAUGUGGACCGAUAAGUAUAGACCUCGUUCAUUUGUUCAAUUGUGUUCCGCAGGCAAUGAUAGACAGUAUCGUCUUAUAUUACAUUGGUUAAAAAAGUGGUCUUCUGUUGUUUAUAGAGAAGAUCUGACGAGAAAUGAUGGUGUUGAUUCGUUGGGUAGACCUCAUAGAAAAAUCCUCUUAGUUCAUGGUCCUACUGGUAUUGGCAAAACAACGGCUGUACAUCUUUUAGCCAAACAAUUAGGUUACGCUGUGCAAGAACUCAACGCAUCCAAUAGUAUGGACACUCUUCCACAGGCUGAUUCCAGUGAAGGAAGAUGGGGAAACGUCAACGCUGCUUUAAAACUAAAGAUCAAGAAUGCAUUGACUUCUAAUGCAAUCACAUCCAAUGGCAAACCAUCAUGUUUGGUGAUUGAUGAAAUUGAUUCUGCUAUUAACAGUGGUGAUAUCGUCAAAGUUCUCAACGACUUAGUUGCAUCUGAUCAACGUAGUUCAAGAUCCAAAGAAAGAGAUGAUAGCGAAAAGAAGAAGAAGAACAAGGCAAAGAAUUUCGUCUUGAACAGGCCAAUUAUUUGCAUUGCCAAUGAUAUAUACAACACAUCUUCAACCAGGAUGGGAGGUUCACCAAUGGAGAAGUUGAGACCAUUGUGUGAGAUGGUGGCAUUCAAGAAGCCCGUGAUAGCCAAAACUGGCCGUAGAGGUGGAAAUUCUUUACAUUCUGUUAAAGACCAUCUUCAAAUGAUCACCGAAAAGGAGAAUUGGGGCUACAGUUCCCAAGACAUUACCGAAAUCGUAGAAGUUUGUGAUGGGGAUAUCAGAGCUUGUCUUAACCAUAUGCAAUUUAAUGGUGCCAAAGAAAGGGGCUUCUCUAACAAUUUCAGCAUGUCAUCUGAUCUACUCUUAGACAAGCAAGUGUCGUGGUUUACUAUGGUAGAUCUUUUAUUCAAGAGAGACGCGAAGCUUAGAAAGGAAGAAAACUUCCUUGCACUCUUGGAUUCCUUCAUGAACGGUACAUGCAAGUCGGUAGUCAGCAGUUCCAAUUCGUUUGACAAAGUGGUUAAAGGAUGUUUCCACAGGUACUUAGAUACUGUUCAUCUUCAAGAUGAUUCUCUCCUGAAACCAUCUGAAUUCAGCGAUUGGUUAAGUUACUAUGAUCAAUUUUCAAAUAGCGGGGGUUAUGGUCUCGAUCUCCAUCAAUAUAGUGGACUCGUAGGAUUGAAAGCUUGGUCAUUGUUCAGUGAAAUUAGCCCGAAGAAGCUUCAAAAUCCUUUUGUAGAUAAAAAAUUGGACUAUGAAACAUUUGAAACAGGGAGACAAAACAGUUCCCUUAUCAAACGACUUAUUGACAAGACGCCAAUUUCUGCAAAAUUAGCUCUAGGCGUAGAUGAGGAAAUAUAUUCAUGUUUCUUCAUUCCUUUACUAGCAAAAAUAUUGUCGCCAGAUAUUUCAGCCAAAGCAAAGUCAAAAAUGGUGGAGUUCGAAAAGAAUACAGUCGAGAAGGUUGCAACAAUAAUAAAGGAAUUUGAAAUCCGAAUGGAAAACGAGAGAGACCUUGAAACUGGCCAAGUUCUACUACAAUACUACCCGAACUGGGAUGGGAUAGUUCAUUAUGACAAUAAGUUUUGUCCGGUUCCGUUCGUUUCUGCAGUGAAGCAGAACCAGUUAAAGAGAAACUUGCUUUUCCCACUUGUAACAGCAGAGUUGGAGAGACUACAAAUGAUUCAGAGAGCUCCAAAAAGAAUCUUGGAAGUAGAAAAGAAGCUGGAGGUUGACGAAAAGAGGAGAAAAGUUAAAAUGGGCAAUAGUGUAGACUUCUUCAAAGCCAGAUAUGACGGGUUGAACUCUCAAUUAGUUGACAUGUCCAAACCAGAUAAUGAGUUCCAUAUGGCCAGAAUAUGGGUCAAGUACCACGAAGGAUUCUCAAGUGCUGUCCGCAAGAAUAUCGGCUGGGAAGAUAUUUGGAUGCCUUAG